CAGCCACAGAUCGAGUCCUCGUCUCGUGGACUAAACCCGCCGCGGCCAUCGCGCAUAUAAAUCCGCCCCUAGCCCCAUCCCUCAGUCCGCCUGCUACCAUAAUCUCCGCACCACAUCGCCAGCGAUAGAGGAUCGAUCCAUGGCGGCCGCGAGAGCCAGCGGCGUGAGAUCCAUGGCUUCCCUCGGCUUCGUCGGCUUCCUCCUCUGCGCGCUGCUGCUCAUCCAGCAGCCCUCCCCCGCCAACGCCGCCGAGAAGCGGUCUUACGUCGUGUACCUCGGGGAGCACUCGCACGGCUCGCAGCUGCACGACCUCGCCGCCGUCGACCUGGCGGCGCUCGAGGAGAAGGCCACCAACUCGCACUACGACCUCCUCGCCACCGUCCUCGGAGACAAGGCGAAGGCGCAGGACGCGAUCUUCUACUCGUACACCAAGCACAUCAACGGCUUCGCCGCUAACCUCGACGCGGAGGAAGCCGCCGAGAUCGCCAGGUUGCCUGAGGUGUUGUCGGUGUUCCGGAACAAAGCGUACAAGCUGCAUACGACACGGUCGUGGCAGUUCCUCGGGCUGGCCGGUCCAGGCGGUGUCCCGCGCGGAGCGUCAUGGCGGAAGGCUAAGUUCGGCGAGGGUGUCAUCAUCGGCAACAUCGACACUGGUGUGUGGCCAGAAUCAGAGAGCUUUCGGGAUCAUGGGCUGGGACCAGUCCCCAAGAAUUGGAAAGGAACUUGCGAGAAAGGCCAAGAUGAUACGUUCCACUGCAACGGGAAGCUGAUCGGGGCGCGCUACUUCAACAAGGGUUAUGCGUCGGAGGGACUUAACACCAAUGCCACCGAGUUCAACACGCCCCGAGACAGCGAGGGUCAUGGCACGCACACGCUGUCCACUGCCGGCGGCUCACCGGUGCCUGGCGCGAGCGUGUUGGGCUUUGGCAACGGCACGGCCACGGGUGGCUCUCCCCGCGCGCUAGUGGCCGCCUACCGCGUGUGCUAUAAGCCGGUAAACGGAAGCUCCUGCUUCGAGGCGGACAUCCUCGCCGGGUUCGAUGCUGCCAUCCACGACGGCGUGCACAUUCUCUCCGUCUCCCUCGGCAACGACGGUGAGGCGUAUGACUACUUCGACGACGCCAUCUCCAUCGGUUCUUUCCAUGCCGUCCGCCGCGGCAUCACAGUCGUCUGCUCUGCGGGAAACUCAGGACCCAAGCCCAGCUCCAUCUCCAACGUUGCGCCUUGGAUCUUCAACGUGGGCGCCAGCACUAUGGACCGCGAGUUUCUGGCUUACGUCGUCUUCAACGGCACAAGGACCAAGGGGCAGAGCCUUUCUGAGAAGGUGCUCAAGGGGAAGAAAUUUUACCCAUUGAUCGAUUCCGCUCAAGCUGCAGCGCCAGGCCGAUCCCAAGAUGAGGCGCAGAUUUGCUUGCCGGGGUCUCUGGACCCGAAGAAGGUGAAGGGGAAGAUCGUGGUGUGCCUGCGAGGGACGAACGCGCGUGUGGCGAAGGGCGUGACGGUGCUCCAAGCAGGCGGCGUCGGGAUGGUGCUCGCCAACGACGCCAGUUCCGGCAACGAUGUUAUCGCCGAUGCGCACUUGCUCCCGGCCACACACAUCAGUUACCGCGACGGCCUGCUCCUGUACUCCUAUCUCAAGUCCACCAAGUCUCCUACUGCGUACGUUGAGAAGCCGGUGACAACCCUAUGGACGAAGCCGGCACCGUUCAUGGCCGCCUUCUCCUCACAAGGGCCCAGCCCUGUCACCCCGGAGAUCCUGAAGCCUGACAUCACCGCGCCGGGGGUGGGCGUGAUCGCGGCGUUCACGCGUGCCAUGGGCCCCACGGAACUCACCAUGGACGCUCGCCGUGUUGCCUUCACAACCAUGUCUGGGACGUCCAUGUCGUGCCCACACGUGUCUGGCAUCGCAGGGCUCAUCAAGGCACUCCACCCGGACUGGAGCCCCGCUGCGAUCAGGUCAGCGAUGAUGACGACUGCGAUCGACGUGGACAACAUGGGCCACCCCAUCCUGAACUCGUCCCUGGCGUCAGCGGGGCCCUUCAGCUAUGGUGCCGGCCACGUCUGGCCCAGCCGCUCCAUGAACCCGGGCCUAGUCUACGACCUAGGCCCUGACGACUACCUCGGCUUCCUCUGUGCGCUUCGGUACAACGCCACUGUCAUGACCAUGUUCAAUGGCGUGCCAUACAAGUGCCCGGAGAAGGCCCCCAAGAUCCAGGACCUCAACUACCCGUCCAUCGCCGUCGUCAACCUCACAGCCGCUGGCACAACGGUCAAGCGCACAGUGAAGAACGUAGGCUGGCCAGGCAAGUACAAGGCGGUUGUCCGUGAGCCGGCCGGCAUACGUGUGUCGGUGAGCCCCGAUGUGUUGGAAUUCGGAAAGAAGGCAGAGGAGAAGACGUUCCAGGUGAAGUUUGAAAUCAAGAACUCCAAACUAGCAAAGGACUACACGUUUGGCUCUCUCGUAUGGAGCAACGGGAAGCAGUUCGUCAAGAGCACCCUAGUUGUCCAGACGGCGGCAUGAAGAGUGUAGAAUCGACUGUUAUUGUUUCGGUUAGUUUAGGAACUACAUAUCUGUAGAGAAACAGACAUGUGUUUAGGCCUCCGGAAUGAUAAUCAAGUGAAGGACAAUAAGCUGGUUAGUUGUUAUCCGCA